AUGAAACCAGAAACUUUAGUUAUGAAAAUAAUAGAAGCUAUCGAAACGAAUUCGCCGACAUACAACGGUAAAAAAGUGCACAUAACCCAAAAGAUUAUCGAUAAAUACAAACAUUGCAAAGUCAGAGACGAUAUAGACUUGGAAAGAAUUGAUCAGAAUUUAACUAAAAAAGGUGGAUUUUUACCUUUCUUACCUUUAAUCUUUGCAGGUUUAGCUGCAGCAGGCGCAACUGCUGGUGGGGCUGCUGGGAUUGCCAAAGCUGUCAACGAUAAGAAAGCUGAAGCAGCUGCAAACGCCGAAGCAUGUAGACACAAUUUGGCAAUGGAAAGAGAAGCACGAGGAGGUUCGGGAGUAGGAGAUAUAUUAGGGACGGUCAAAGAAUUCGGACAAAGAUUUGGCGAAGAAACCAAGAAAACCGUUAAAGAGGGAUUAAGCAUUAAAUAG